AUGUACCAAGCAACCUACAUAAUACACCGAGCCGGCUCAUUUCAUGAGAUCGAUAAAUUUAUCACCUACGCCAACCACAUCAAUCCUAACCGCAUCUCAGACAUAUCUUCAACUGAUAGGACAAAGAGGAAUUGCAAAAUGUACCUCCUUCAACCACUCCUCACCUUCCUCCUCCUAACCCUAACAACCUCCACCCCAACCCCAACCCUCACCCACGACGCAACAGCCGUAAUAAACGACCUCACCAAAAUCACCACCGACCUCUCCGCCCUCACAAAAAGCAUAGUAGCCUACAACGGCGGGAUUCCCGCAGCACUAGACAUCCAAGUGAAAGAAAUGGCCGUAGAAAGGGACCUUGAUCAAGCGACGAGGGACACCACCGCUGCUACGCCGUUCACGGUGAGUGAGAGUGCAACCACGACGAGUGCUUUGUUGGGGUUGGAGCCGGAUAUUAGGACUGCGCUUGUGACGUUGGUUCAGAAGGUAUUUUCUUUUCUUCGUUUCUUGGUGUCUAUGUUGUUGUGGGUGAAGGGGGGGGGCAGUGUUAACAUGGCGUUAGAAACCCCUCGUCGAUGA